AUGGCUCCUAGGACUGAUCCCGAGCCAUUGCUACCACACAAAGCUCGCUUGGAGACGUCGUAUGCAUUCUCUCACACGUUCAAUCCGCGCAACUUAGAGUUUCUUUGGUAUCCGCUGUGGUGUCAGACACUCUUCGAUCUUGUGGCGAGUGUGCCAAAUUUGAUUGUGGCGCCUCAAUUCCCUGUUUGGAUUAUAAGGCAUCACAAUAACAAACAUGAAGAUGCCAAUGACGGUGAUGAUCCCGAAGAGAUCGAAGGGGAAGAACAGCACAACGAACCAGAAGAAGGAGACUAUGAGGAUGGGGCGGGGGACAUUUCUUUCGCAUCGACCGUCCCGGAAAAGAAAGCCGAGGGCAUUCUGGUAGAUUUUGCGAUCCUUAGUCUCAGAGCAGUACCCCAGCCAAAGGAGAAGCUCCGUUAUGGCAGGUGGCAGAUAACUGGGGCGAGUGUUUGCCUUCUCGUGGAACUGAAGAGAUUUGUGAGUAGGAGUCUGAAGGAUGAUGAGCUGGAUGUGAAGAUUUUGGCGCAUGUUCAGGAGGCUAGGUCUGACCUGGUGAAACAAGCAGGAUAUCUCUUUAUCAAAGAUAAAACGAAGAAUUCCGUCAUGGCCAUCGCCGCUGCAGGUCCGUUUUGGAGCGGCGCCACAAUACAUCGUGACAAUAUCAAACUCACCAUGCACGUUCUUUCAGCCAAUGACCCAAGCUAUCAGCCCCCAGGUGAAAAAUUCGUUGACCGGUGUAGAAACAACAAUACUGAGUGGGGCUAUACGAAGAUGGCUCCAAACUGA